AUGCCAUCUUGUGGUCGUUCUGGCGGUUUCUGGUUUGGUUGGUCCAACAAUGUAUCCCUUAACAUUCUCAAGCUCUCUGAUAAUGCAGUGAUCUGUUCUAUACUUAAUAUGCCUCACUACCGUUGUUGGGAUCUUCUUUGUUACUAUGUUCACCCGUCCACUGAGGCUCGUCAGCGCUUCUUAAAUGAGAUUCACUCCUAUGCAAUCUCGACGGAUAAGCCAUGGUGCUUGUAUGGUGAUUUGAACAUGAUUUCUUCUGCAUCUGAAAAAUUGGGUGGUAGAGUUCUACCGAUUUUGAAGAAUUCUGGGUUAAAGAACCACAGUUCCGCUCUUGCUUCCAUGAUAUUUGGAAUAAGUCUUCUGAAUGAAUUAUCUGCCUGGCUGAAGAGGGAGGAGACCUACUGGAAGCAAAGAAGCCGGAUCAGUUGGAAUGUUGAUGGAGGUUGUUGUACAAGAUUCUUUCAUAUCUCGGUUUCCAACCGAAAAAGGAGAAAUGGAAUUCAUUGCCUUAAAAAAUCUGAUGGGUCUUGGACAUCUUCAAAGAGCGAAUUUGAGGAAAUCCUUGUAAACCACUUUCAGGCCCUCUUCUCUUCUUUGAAUCCGGAUCUUUCUGAUUUCAAUAUUCCUGACAUUGCCCACUCUAUUUCUGAUAAAGACAACAACUUCUUGAUGAAAAUCCCGGAUGAGAGGGAAAUUUCCCAAAUACUGUUCAGUAUGGGCCCAUGGAAAUCUCCUGGGCCCGAUGGCUUCCCUACUGGUGCAAUCUAG